AGCAGUGCAAGGUGCAUCAUGCAUUGAAGCAAACAACAGGGGUUCCUUGCAUGAGGGCAUCAGGAAGAAAUUACCGACAGCAGAAUGGUCGAGUACAGAAAUAGUGACCAGUGACCAGUGACCAUGGACAGGAAACAACGUGGCUGCCACACCCUACCCUCGUGGCCACCCCAACCUGACCUGGUAGUACUGUACUCAUAUCAGAUACUCCCAUAUCACGAAAACACUAACGCCCUGACAACGUCUUCGCAAAUUCUGCCCCUCCAAUUCCCACCGACCGAUAGCCCCAACCCCAUCCCAGCUGUAAUCCGCUACAUCAUGGAUACACACAACAUACAACAAGCAAAGCAACGGGACGGGAAUAAGUGGAUCUCUCCCUCACAAGUACUCCGUACGACCUCAGCUGAACCCUCCACCUGCCCGCAGCCCAGCAGUGUCCAUCCACCCCCACCCAUCCCCAUCCAAUUGGCCACAUCAAUAUUAACCUCCAUUCCUUCAGCAAUCAGCAUCCAUCCAGUAAUCUAUUUUUCUCAAUUUGCACGGCCACACAUCGGCUGGCAUCCCCUCCCAAAAUCCAAUCAGAGUGAAAAAACAAAAAUAAAGAACAACGCACCAUGCAUCAUUCCCGUGCUAAAAAAAAAAUCUUUGUAGAAAACGGCAGCGGCACACGGGUGAGUUCCCCCCCAUUCUCAGCCCUUUCUUCUGUGGGGGUUGUCGACUCUGACUCAAGGAUCAGGUAAGUAUUCAGCUGGGAUGUUCGUCUUAAGGUAAUCUCCGACUCCACGGUUCUAAAUGCACGUUCGGUAUCUCCAGCAGAGGAGCUUUACAGAUAGUACUGUACAUACAGUCAAUGGUAAAACACCAACCCCACUGUCCAGCUCUGAUGUUCGCCCAGAGAUUUUUUCCGAUCGGAAUCGUUUGAAUCCGCAAAUUGGAUUGGCC